CGCCGCUUUUUUGGAGCUGCACAGCCCAACAGCGUGCCCUAUUCGUUCGAGAAAGCACGUCAGCGCUGCCUCAGCUCGAUAACAGCACUGCUCCGAGAGCUCUUAGCGCAUUUGGAUAGCGUCGGCGGCGCUAGCAAAGAUCUGUCUGCCAAUCUUCGGCGGAAAAAUCUGCUCGCGCGUGCACAACAACACAACAAUGCGUCUCGCCGUCGCCCUGGCCCUCGCGUGCACUCAUGCGUUCGUCACCACGCCGUCGCCGCGGCCACUCACGCGCCUCCGCGCCGCCCCGGCGCAAGACACUGUACGAUUACAAAAGAAGAUCACUGCGUUCGAGGCCGAGGUGAAACUGAAACAGACCCUCGUAACUAAGCUCGAAGCGGACCUCGCGGCGGCGCGCGAGGCGUCAAGAGUAGCAGAAGAAGAACUCCGAAGAGCAAAACAAGAAUUGGCCGGCGUCGUGCCAAUGAACAAGAAGUCCAGACGGGACGAGGUGCCCAUCAACGCCAAAGCCAGCAGAGCGCCGAACGUCGACGCCUUCGUGCAGGAGAAGCGCGCGCAGAUCGACCAGGCCGCCGCCGAGAAAAGGUUGCGAGAUGAAGCUGCGGCGGAGCGCCGGUUCCGCGACAGCGCCGAGCGCCGCCGCGAGCUCGAGAAGGCGCGUUCAGAAAGGCAGGUCUCGCAGGCGAAGAAAAUGCUUGAAAAAGAUGCCGAAAAACAAUUGUACGGCGAGACGCUCUAUGAUUUGAUAGGAGUGACGAGGGACGCCUCCGCCGCGGACGUGAAGCAGGGAUAUCGAAAGGCGGCGGCGUCCUGCCACCCCGACACGAACUCGAGCAAUCCUGAAAAAUAUUCAAGGAUCAUGGACGCGUACGACGUGCUCAAGGACGCGGAACGGAGAAAAAAAUACGACGCCGAGCUCGACCUCGACAAGGCCAUCGAGGGCACGUUCACGUUCGUCGCGUCCGUCGUCGACAGCGUGUCGUCCAUCAAUAGCCCAAGCGAGGACGAUGAGGAUAGUUGCGACGCGGAGGACACGUCAUUAGCGUGCCAGUUCGAGCGCCGAGCCAACGCGUGCCUCGAGGUCUUCAGCGAGGAGCACAUGGUCCUGCCCUCGACGGGAAGUCGGAUCAGGCUGUCGCCGGACGGCUCGCAGCUUGUUGUAAGGCAGACGGCGGUCGAACGGUUGCUGCGGAAGGACCCUGAUGUAGAGUACAACAUCACUUCAUUAAAAUUGGCGACGCGUAAUGAUGAUGUGCUGACGCUGGGUUUCCUGGACGCGUCGGAACUCAGAGUGCUCUUCGCGUCAGCUGACGAGGCCGAGGCGGCAUUACUAAAACUGGCGACUGAUGUGGUUGCCCCGCUGAACGAGCUGCGGGCCAAGGCCGCGGCGCCGGGCGCCAUCGGCGCGCUGGGCGGCCUCGCGAUGGCGGGCGCCGCCGGGCUGGCCUUCGCGGGCAUAUUAGAAGUGGAAACGGCCAUGGCGACGGCGGGCGCCGUCGCUGCUUUAGGUGGGGCCGUGGCGUCGUCCGUGGCGGCCGAGGUGUCUUCCGCGAAGGAGUCGGAGGGGGACGCGUAA